AUGGCCUCUUCUGGCGUUAUGCCUGCAUCACGGAAAGGAGAUAAUAAUGAUAACACGACUGUGACCCUCAAGAUGGAGGAACGAAAGUUAUUCCUCGGCGGUCUGCCGUACAAUUGUGGGCAGCGAGAACUGAGAGAAUACUUCUCCCAGUUUGGUGAUAUAGAUGAUGCAACAGUUAUGAUCGAUCACCUCACUGGACGAUCUCGAGGCUUCGGCUUUAUUACCUUCCAAUACUCUCAGGAUAUGGAGGUUUGUCUUGAUAAUAUACCCCACGUGGUAAUGGAUAAGACAAUAGACGUUAAGCGAGCAGUAGAGGGUGGUCUUGGGCCAAGAGGCUCACGACAUCAUCAUCAACAACAACAACAACAACAACAGCAGGGUGGUGGUGAUGAUGAUAUGAAGGGGUCUUGGAGUAGACAUACCAAUUACUAUUACUUCUAUGGCAGAGGGGUUUUUGGUGGUGGUGGUGGAAAAGGAGGAUAUAGGGGAUACGGUGGUGGGAAGGGGGGCGGCGGCAAAGGGGCUUUAUCAUCAUCACUACCUUAUCGGGUACCUGAUGAUCCAUGUAAGGUCUUUAUUGGUGGUCUACCACCUUCCGCUGAUGAUGAUAGCUUGACUGAUAUGCUUGCUCAAUAUGGUACCCUUGUUGAUUGUAAUGUAAUGAUUGAUAGAGGCACUGGACGUAAUCGUGGCUUUGCGUAUGCAACUUUUUCGACACCUGCUGGUGCUAAUGCUGCUUGUCGUGGUGGAGAUAGUAACAUGAUGGAUGGCAAAUGGGUUGAAGUAAAGCCCUGCACUCGGCUUGAGUUCCCCUCCAUGGACACGUCCAAGCCUACCUCUAGCACUGUGUAUCGAUGCCAACAACAACAACAAUCACAGAAGGACGAGCCUCCCAGCCAAGCAGGUCCGAAGCCCCAGCACCACCACCACCAGCAGCAGCAGCAAAAGGAGUUCUCUGACGACCCGUGUAAAGUUUUCCUAGGUGGCCUUCCACAGUCAGCUGAUCAGAAUCGUGUUACUGAGUAUUUAUCUCAGUAUGGGGAUGUACAGGACGUUACUGUUAUGUACGAUAGGAAUACUGGUAGACAUAGGGGCUUUGCUUAUGCAACCUUUGAAGUAGUCGACCGUUUCCGUUCAUUGACUGUUAUUGCCAUCAUCAUGAUCAUCAUUGUUGUUGUCGUCGUUGUUGUCAUCGUCGUUGCUAACGUUGUUGUGACCAUAGAGUGUUACCAUCAGCACCCGUGA